AUGUCAAAACCCUCCCUGGUGCUGCAAGAGCCCACCAAAAGUCCUGAAGCAUUUUAUGCCUGUCUUAUUGACGCUUACCGCAUGUAUACUCCCAUAGAUCCCACUGAUCCGGCGAAUGCCCGAAUGUUGACAAUGGCAUUUAUCUCACAAAGUGCCACAGACAUACGCCGUAAAUUACAAAGACUUGAGGGAGCACUAGGUAAGCCCAUGAGCGAGCUAAUGGAGGUGGCGAGGAAGGUUUUUGUAAACAGGGAAAAGGAGGAAGAGUGGAAGAAAGAUCAAAAAUUGCAAAGAAAAGCUGAAUUAAUGGCGGCAGCUAUGAUGUGGACCCCAAAAGAUAGAGGAGGCAGCCGAGCAAGGGGCAACAGAUCAGGGUUAGGAUGUAACCAGUGUGCUUUCUGUAAGAAGGAGGGACACUGGAAGGGUGAGUAUCCAGAAAGGAACAAAGAUGAGAGGCUCUUGUCAGAGGUGGAAGAAUGGGACUGAAACCGACCGGGUUCAGAUUGCCUCCCAGAACCUAUGGUCCGGCUAAAUGUAGGAGGCAAACCAAUUACCUUCCUAGUGGAUACUGGAGCCACAACGUCAAUCCUAACCCAGCCCCUAACACAGGCCUCCCCCCACACUAUCAACAUCCAGGGGGCAACAGGAAGUAUUUCACAGCAUCCCUUUUUGGAGCCCCUUGUGUGCACAACUAAAGGACAAACCAUAACACAUCAAUUUGUGUCUAUGCCAGAAUGUCCUAUCCCACUCUUAGGGAGGGAUUUGUUGUGCAAACUUCGAGCUCAGAUCUCCUUUGAAGAGGAUGGAACAAUGACACUGGGAUAUGGGAAGAUAAACGUAACAAUACCCAGAGAAGAAGAGUGGAGGUUCAUGGUGGCCAGGGACAAGGGACGGGGAGAUGAGGAUGAAUGGAAGCAAUUCAAUGUUCCACAUUUGUGGGCUGAGGAUAACCCCCCAGGCUUUGCCAGUCACCACCCUCCCAUCAUAGUGGAAGAGCUACCAAUGAAAGCGCCUGUCAGAAUUCGACAACGGGCAUACCCCAGGCACAUUAUCCAAGCAAUACAAGAAAUUAUUGAUCUAUACUUGAGAUACCAUAUUCUGGUGCCCACCAAAUCCAAAUGGAAUACCCCAAUAUUGCCCAUUCCAAAGGGGGAAGGUAGGUUUAGGCCAGUUCAGGACCUCAGGGUCGUUAAUUUGGCCACUGUAACCAUCAAUCCGGUCGUCCCAAAUCCAUAUGUCAUUUUAGGCUUGAUCCCCCAGACUGCUAGGUGGUUCUCAGUCAUAGAUUUAAAGGAUACUUUCUUUACAAUACCUAUACACGAGAGCAGUCAGCACUUAUUUGCAUUUGAGUGGGAAAGCCCUUUAACUGGUAGGAAGCAACAGUAUACAUGGACCAGAUUGCCCCAAGGGUUUAAAAACUCACCUACCCUUUUUGGGGCUGCCUUGGCUAAACACCUAGAAGCUUUGACUAUACCCGCUCCUGAUGUGGUGUUGCAAUAUGUGGAUGAUCUGUUGGUUACUGGCCACACGAAAGAUAAUUGCUGGAAAAACACACACGAGUUGUUACUCCUAUUGCAAGACCUGGGAUAUAAGGCCUCUAAGAAAAAGGCACAGUUGGUUUUAGAAAAGGUCCAAUAUUUGGGCUAUGAUAUAGGGGAAACGUACAGGGGAAACCUACCAAAGGGCAGGAUAAGGAGCCGCUACAGUGGGGAACACAGGAUGCCACUAGUUUCCGGUUUGCUCAAGCAAGCGCUGUUGCAAGCCCCCAGCCUAGGCCUCCCGGAUUUGGAUAAACCUUUUCAAUUAUUUGUAGAUACUAAACAGAAUGUAGCAGUAGGUGUCCUCACCCAGACCAUGGGAACAUGGCAUCGCUCUGUAGCUUAUCUCUCUAAACAGCUGGAUAACGUUGCAAAAGGAUGGCCUGCGUGCCUUAAGGCUGUAGCUGGGAUGGCUAUCUUAACUCAGGAAGCAAGUAAACUGACUUUUGGACAACAGCUUGACAUUUACACUCCCCAUGCCCUUAAAUCAGUUCUGGAAACGAAGGGCCAUUUGUGGCUAACCAACCCCCGAAUGUUGAAGUACCAAGGCUUAAUCACUCAUAAUCCUAUGAUUAAUAUUAUACAAUCCACUGCAUUAAAUUCUGCUACAUUGUUGCCUGAACCAAACUCAGAAGCCAUUCACGAUUGUAUCCAAACAAUAGAGGAAACAUAUGCCAGCCGCCCUGACAUGACUGAUGUACCCCUUCCUUCUCCAGAUUACACCCUAUAUACGGACGGUACCAGCUUCAUACAGGAAGGAAUUAGACGGGCAGGGUAUGCAGUGGUUACUUUGGAUGAUGUUUGGGAAGCAGAACCCCUCCCUUCAGGCACGAGUGCGCAGUUGGCUGAAUUACAUGCAUUAACUAGAGCUUUAGAGCUGGCAAAAGGCAAAUGUGUCAACAUAUAUACAGACUCUAAAUAUGCUUUCCUCACGGUUCAAGUCCAUGGUGCCCUAUAUAAGGAAAGAGGACUUAUCACCGCAGGAGGCAAGGAUAUUAAGUAUGGCCCCCAAAUACUACGCCUCCUAGAAAGUGUAUGGGCCCCACAGAAGGUUGCAAUCAUACACUGCCGAGGACAUCAAAAAGUGGCCUCCGAUAUACAAAAAGGCAACAAUAAAACAGAUAGAUUGGCACGAGAGGCGGCUCAAAGGGCUCCAACGAUACUAUCACAAUGCCUUACUGUAUGGAAGCCACACAAACACCACCAACCACAUUACUCCCAGGAAGACAUGAACCAAAUUGAAGCACUUGAGGCUCAACUGGAAGGAGGCUGGUGGAUCCUACCAGACAACCGGGUUUUCAUGCCGGGGCAUAUGGCUUGGGACGUAGUACAGCAAGUACACAAGCAGCUGCACCUAGGAAAAACGGCUUUAGCAAAGGCUUUGCAAAGGGAAGUUUAUAUUAACAAAAUACACAGCAUUGCAGCAAACGUCCGUGCUAGGUGUGAGAUUUGUGCAGCUAAUAACCCUAGACAAGGGCCCCAACCACCACCAGGCCAUCAACCAAGGGGCAGUUACCCGUUUGAUUCUCUGAUGAUCGACUUCACAGAUAUGCCCCCCUCGGGCCACUACAAUGCACUGCUUGUCAUUGUAUGUACCUACACGGGAUGGCCUGAGUGUAUCCCUACCCGCACAAAGAAGGCUACUGAAGUUGCCAGGGCACUACUCCACAUCAUAAUCCCUAGAUAUGGCCUACCUUCUAGAAUUUCAUCAGAUAAUGGUCCUGAGUUUAUCCACAAGGCCACUCAGCACCUAGCUAAAAUAUUGGUUAUUACUUGGAAACUCCAUUGUAGCUUCCAUGCUCCCUCUGGAGGCAGGGUUGAGAGAAUCAAUAGGACUAUUAAGGAAAAAUUGGCCAAAAUAUGUCAGGAAACCCACCUUAAAUGGCCAGAUGCUUUGAGUUUGGCUCUGGUUGCUGUCAGGUGUGCUCCUCAGAAAGGUGUCUCACUUUCACCAUUUGAGUUAUUAUAUGGCCGGGUCCCCAAUCUACUUCAUCUAAAUAUUCAAAAUACUGUACAGAUUUCUGAUACAAUUAGAAUGCAACAAGUCCAAGCUCUUAACACGAUAGUCCAAAGAUUACAGCAAUAUGUAUUAACCUGUAAACCCCAUGUCUUAGUGACCUCCCCACAUAACAUACAUCCAGGACAGGAGGUCUGGGUUAAAGAUUGGAAAAGGGAGGUAUUGAGCCCAAAGUGGAAAGGGCCGUAUACUGUUGUUAUGUGUUCUCCCCUUGCUCGAGUAAAGUUGGCUGCACAUACCCAGUGGAAAGUAGAACCCCACCCGAUUCAUCCAUUAAAGGUAACUCUCCGAAGGACUACGAGGGAUAGAAGUACAGGCUCAAGCAGUGGCCCAGUCAUCUCCCAGACACAGAUACUGUCAGCCAGUAGCCCAGGUACCAUUUCGUUUGAUGUCUGCAAAGUGGCCCAGUGGCCUACUUCCUGUGGGUCAUUGUCAUGGCACAGAACGUAUAUUCUAUCCGAUGUUUAUAUUUGCCCUUAUACACACCCAGGAGGGGUUGGAAAGGGGGACUGUAGAAACAUGGACGAGAGACUCUGUCCAACCUGGGAUUGUGUUGCAUGGGCCACUUAUGCAUCCAAUAAAGGCAAAGGAACUUAUCUCCAGAUAACAAGGGUACCUCCGCUCAAAAAUUGUAUGCCAUAUCAAUGUAAUAAUGUCAACCUUACAAUACCUAACCCUCAGCAAUGGAUCUCCAGAUAUGGGUCAACAAUGGGAAUUAGAUUGUGGGCACAAGGCACUGAUCCAGGAGGUAUCAUACACCUGUCUCUAGAAACCAGGUAUCACCCUACUAAAAACUACACUAGAUUACAAGCAGUUGUAGUAUUGGUUGCAAAUGAAACGGCUCAAUCUCUACGCACACUAGCAAUCCAGCAGAAAAGGUUUAGAGAUGCAAUAUACCAAAAUCGUCUGGCCCUAGAUUUCCUCCUAGCCACUGAAGGAGGAGUGUGUGCAAAAUUCAACUUUACAAAUUGCUGUCUGGAAUUCGAUGAUGUUGGUGAAAUCAUUGAGCAACGUGCUAGACGUAUAGAAAACCUUGCGCAUGUACCUGUCCAAAAAUGGAAUGGGUUCGAAUUUGGUGAAAUAUUUGGCUCUUGGUUCCCUAAAUUACCUGGUCUCCAAGCCAUAGUUGCACUUAUUGGAAUGAUAGCAGCAGGAUGUGUUAUUCUACCGUGUAUUCUCCCCAUCUUUGUACGGACAAUCUCUAACAGUCUUUCUAUGCUAGUAGAAAAAAAGGCAGCUGCUAAGGCUAUGGUUUUGUGGGAAUAUGAGAAGUUAAACACAGUAGAAGGUAUCUCUCCCAUCCGUGAAACUCCACAAUAA